AUGUCUCGGCAGUCUGCCUGCAGAAGCUUUGGAGGCGGGAGUAGAAGGGGCUACAGCUCUUGCUCUGCCAUGGGUGGUGGCUUUGGAGGAGGUGGCGGCAGAAGCAGGAUCAGUUACAGUUCAUACUCCUCAUCCAGGGGAGGUGGAGGAGGUGGAUAUUCUGGAGGGUAUGGCAGCAGAAGCCUCCAUAACAUGGGUUGCAGCAGAAGAAUUACCAUGGGUGGAUGCGGUAGUGGUGGAGGAUACGGAGGCAGAAUGGGUGGCUUUGGUGGAGGCUAUGGAGGAGGAAUGGGUGGCUUUGGUGGAGGAAUGGGUGGUUAUGGUGGAGGAAUGGGUGGUGGAGGAAUGGGUGGCUUUGGUGGAGGAAUGGGUGGUGGAGGAAUGGGUGGUGGAGGAAUGGGUGGCUUUGGUGGAGGAAUGGGUGGUUAUGGUGGAGGAAUGGGUGGUGGAGGAAUGGGCGGCUUUGGUGGCCCUGGCUUCCCUGGAGGCAUCCAACCGGUGCAAGUUGACCAGGCCCUCCUGCAACCGGUCCAUGUUGAGAUUGAUCCUCAGAUCCAGCAAGUCAAAAACCAGGAGAAGGAGCAGAUUAAGACUCUUAACAAUCAGUUUGCCUCCUUCAUUAAUAAGGUCCGCUUCCUGGAGCAACAGAACAAGGUCCUCUCCACCAAGUGGGAGCUCCUCCAACAGCAAGGGCCUUCCGGGCCAAGGAAGAACCUUGAUGUCAUCUUCGAAAAUUACAUCCAGAACCUUAAGAGGCAGGUGGAGUCAAUCUUGGCGCAGAGGGGACAGCUGGAGUCAGAGCUUCAGAACAUGCGGCAAUACGUGGAGGAGUACAAAACCAAGUAA